AUGAGAUUCCUCUUUGUGCUCCUACUGGUGGUUCAGCUGGCCUCCGCCCUGUUCGGAAUUGGAGGGAAGUCCAGUAAGAAGACAACCACCAAGCAAGUGGCUGCCACCACAACCAAAGCGACGACGACCACUACCCAUGCCCCGACAACUACAACUACAACCAAGGCCACCACUACCACCACCACCACUACUUCAACUACAACUUCAACUACCACCUCAGCUCCAUCUUCCACCACAACCACAACCACAACCACAACCACAACCACAACCACAACCAAGCCCACCACUUCUUCAACUACGACCUCGUCCACCACCUCAACCACCACCAUUCUCCCCACAACCUCCACAACCACCACCCACCCUACUCCCAGCACCAGCAGCACCAGCACCAGCACCACAGCCCUAACAUCAACAACCACAACCCACCCCGACCCCUCCACGGCCCUAACCUCAACAACCAAACCCACCACCUCCACGGCCAUAACCUCAACAACCAAACCCACCACCUCCACCGCAAUAAAAUCCACAACCACCGACCCCAACCCCUCCACCAGCGUCGUCACCACCCACACCACGAACACAAACUCACACUCGGCCUCCUCCGCCAUCGUCCAGCCCGGCACAACAACCACAACACACACCGUCGCCCCCUCCGAGAGUGCAACACACACCCUCACCUCCUCUUCUAAAUCCACCAUCACGCCAGCGACCACGAUCACCUUCUCCUCCGCCCACCUCUCCAUCACCUCUUCCUCGGCCAUCCCCUCCUCCUCUGCCGUCUCCGUCGACUCCGCCCUCUACGCGUACUACUCGUCGUUGAUCUCGCUUGCGUCCGUCUACGACGAGGCCAGCGCCUGCGAGUACGUCGCCUCGUCGACGGGUGUGGCUGUCGCUGCUGCGUCGAGUACGGCGUGA